AUGGUCGGAAGAUUAGCUGGUAAAAAUGCCAUCGUUACCGGUGCUGCUGGAGGCAUCGGUCUCGAGACUACAAUCCUCAUGCUCCGCGAAGGUGCCUCCGUCCUCAUGACCGAUAUCAGCGAGCCGGGUCUCCAAAAGGCCCUUGCGAAAGCCAACGACGUGGUUCCUCAGCGCGACGGCAAGGUCGAGUACCGCGUGGUCGACGUAUCCAAGGAAUCCGAAGUCGAGGCGGCAGUGGCCCAUCUAGACGCCUGGGGCGGCCUGGACGUCAUGUUCAACAAUGCCGGAAUCAUGCACCCCAAGGAUGGAGACUCAGAGGAGACACCUGAGGCGAUCUGGGAUAUGACGAUGAACAUCAAUGUCAAGGGCGUGUGGUACGGAAGCAAGCAUGCAGUGAAGAGCCUCCGGAAGCACGGCAAGAAAAAGGGUAGCAUCAUUAACACGGCAAGCAUGGUUGCGCUUGUGGGCGCUGCCACCCCUCAAUUGGCGUAUACUGCUAGCAAGGGUGCCGUGUUGGCCAUGACUAGAGAGUUGGCUAUUGUGCACGCCCGGGAGGGCUUCCGGUUUAACUCCUUGUGUCCUGCUCCUCUCAACACACCACUUUUGCAAGACUGGCUGGGUGAUGAUAAGGAGAAGCGUUUCCGUCGCGAGGUUCACUUCCCCUCGGGCCGUUUCGGUGAAGCGAUUGAGCAGGCCCACGCAGUCAUCUUCCUGGCGAGCGACGAGAGCAGCUUCGUGAACGCCGCUGACUUUGUCGUCGACGGUGGUCUUACUAAGGCCUAUGUGACUCCUGAGGGCCCUGCCACUGAGGCGCCCAAGAACCUGGGCCAAUAG